AUGGAAGCUCCUUCGUCAGAGGCUCUACAUCGAAAAUUGCGCAGCCGGGAGGUCCAACUCUUUGCCGUGGGGGGAGCUAUUGGAACAUCACUGUUCGUCCAGAUGGGGGCUGUCCUUCCGCAUGGUGGUCCGGCGGGUUUAUUCAUUGGCUUUAUGGCAUACGGGACUAUAAUUCUAGCAGUCAAUCAGUGCUUCGGAGAAAUAGUCUGCUAUCGACCAAUCCCAUCGCCAUUUAUUCGACUGGCAGGACACUGGGUUGAUGAAGCCUUGAGCUUCGCCAUGGGAUGGAACUUCUUUUUGAACGUUGCCCUCGGUCUUCCAUAUGAAAUUGUCGCGCUCAACGUGCUCUUGACAUAUUGGACGGACAAAGUUCCUGUUGCAGUAGUGGUUGCUGUCAUCAUAGUAAUUCUGGCGCUCCUGAAUGGUCUUACAGUUCGGUACUACGGCAUAUCGGAGUUUUAUCUGUCCAUCUUCAAGGUAUUCCUUAUGGUGGGUUUGAUCGCGUACACUUUCAUUACCAUGGUUGGUGGCAAUCCUCACCACGAUGUCUAUGGUUUUCGAUAUUGGAGGGAUCCGGGGGCCUUCGUCUCGUACUUGGUUCCGGGGAAUACUGGUCGUUUCCUGGGAGUUAUGAGCUGUAUGGUGCAGGCCUCGUUUACAAUGGUAGGACCCGAGUAUAUCUCUAUGGCAGCAGGCGAAGCGCAAAAUCCACAAAAGGUCAUGCGUCAGGCCUACGCAUCCUUUUUCUGGCGGCUUCUAUUCUUCUUUUGCCUGGGUGCUCUCUGUGUUGGUAUCGUUACUCCUUACAACGAUCAGAGUCUGCAGAAUAUGCUUGACGGGACCAAGGAGGGCAGUGGCACGGGUGCAGCAUCGCCAUACGUUAUAUCCAUGGACCGUUUUGGGAUCAAUGUCUUGCCGGAUAUUGUAAACGCCCUGAUUAUGACGUCUGUUCUUUCAGCUGCCAAUAACCUUGUCUUCUCCGGUGCCCGAACGUUAUAUGGUAUGUCACUUGAGGGCAAGGCUCCCAAAGUCCUAUCACAAUGCAACCGCUAUGGCCUACCGUACAACGCGGUGGCCGUAACUAUGGCAUUCUGCGCGCUGGCCUUUCUUCAAGUCAAUAAUAGUUCGGCCACCGUUCUCAACUGGCUGGUCAGCUGCAUCACAGCCGCGUAUCUCCUCAAUUACCUUGGCACAUGUCUCACGUAUUUGCACUUCUAUGCGGCAAUGCGUCAGCAAAAAAUUGAUCGACAUAUUCUUCCAUAUCAGGGCUAUCUGCAGCCCUACGCCGCAUGGUACGCGGUUUUCGGUACGAGCAUCAUGCUCCUGAUAUUAGGAUUCGACCUAUUUUUCCCGGGGCUGUGGGACAUUACAACUUUCUUUCUAGAUUAUGUGAUGAUCGCUUUUUUCAUCUUGGCUUUUGUCGUUUGGAAGGCGAUCCAUCGGACGACGUAUAUCAAACCGGGAACUGCCAAUGUUGAAAAUACAUCCUAA